AUGCAUGACCCGAAGCUCGGGUUAAAACGCCGCGCGCACACCCUCCGCCUCCAUCGCUCGCUCGCUUCUAGCACAGCGUCCAGAAACUCGCGGGACAGGAUGGGAGAGGAGUGCAAGGGCGCGGGGGCGGAUGUGAACGCCGGCGUCGACCCGGCGGAAAUCGAGAAGCUGUACGAGGACGUGCCGCCGAUGCCGCUGAUGGCGCUGAACCACAUCUCCCGCCUCUGCAAGUCCGUCGACGCCUCCGUCCAGUUCUACGUCAAGGCGCUCGGCUUCGUCCUCAUCCACCGCCCUCCCGCGCUCGACUUCUCCGGCGCCUGGCUGUUCAACUACGGCAUCGGGAUCCAUCUCGUCCAGAGAGACGACGCGCGACGGGCCGCCGACGUCAAUCCCGGCAAGCUCGACCCCAUGGACAACCACAUCUCGUUCCAGUGCGAGGACAUGGGCGCGAUGGAGAAGAGGCUGAAGGAGAUGGGGAUCAGGUACAUGAAGAGGACCAUCAACGAGGAGGAGGGUUCGCCGAUCGACCAGCUCUUCUUCAAGGACCCCGACGGCUUCAUGAUCGAGAUCUGCAACUGCGAGAACCUCGAGCUCGUCCCCGCCGGCGCGCUCGGCCGCCUCAGGCUCCCCCGCGACCGCCACAACCCGCCUCUCCGGAUGGACGGCGCCGACGAGUAG